ACACGGCCAUUGGCUUGAAUGCAUCAACAGUGAGGUCCUUCGAAAUCCUACGUGUGCUUUUUCAAACCGGAAGUCUAACCAGACAAAUUGGAUGCACAUUUUUACUUUAAUCUGAUUAGCUAUCUAACGUACAAAGAUGUUGUCAAUAUUUAACUCCAUUCCAACACACAUGGAUUAUAAAGGACAAAAGCUGGCGGAGCAGAUCUUCCAAGGAAUCAUACUUGCCUCAGCGGUGAUCGGAUUCGCUUAUGGCCUCAUCAUUGAACAGUUUGGGUGGACUGUGUACAUAGUGUUAGGAGGUUUCGCUGUGUCUUGUUUGCUGACCCUGCCCCCCUGGCCCAUGUACAGACAGAACCCCCUCUCCUGGCUUCCAGCCCUACCAGAGAUUACAGGAGAAACCCAGCAAAAGCCUCAGGAGAAUCUGAAGAAGAAGAAGCACAAGUAGAUCAUGACUGUUUGCCCAAGACACAUUUUGUAACUGAAAAUAACCGUAUGUCUAUACAAUACAUCCUUGUUUAAAGGAAGCCUUUGUCCACCAAUCAGUGGUGGAAUGUUUGAAUGUACAAAAAAACAGAUUUCUGCUACUGUCGAUAAUUUGUAGACUGCACUCAUGCUGAUGUUGUCAUCCCAACUGUUUUUAAUAAUGUGGAUAUAAGAAUCUAUGUAAUGUAAGGAUAAAUAAAAUAACUUUACAUUUUUAUUAUAAAGUCAAACAAAGGGGUUGGAAAUAUCUACAAUACAGUACUUCUACGUCCUGCAACUUAUAAUAAACAAUCAGGAAAUUAAGAAUUUA